AUGUCUAACUGGACGCAAUUACGUGGUCAUAACUAUCAUUUUAUCCGAGCUCAUUUUAAUUCUGAGGGUUCAGACUAUGUUAUGAAAAUUUCCAUCACUGAUCUAACAAGGCUAUGGGGAUGCUCAUACUCAAAGGACCAAACUAUCGAACAAGCAGAGAAAGAACGAUGUCCAAUUGAUCCUUUUGAAACUUUUGAUACACUAAUCGAAAUACUCAGCGAACUACUUUUAAACGUCUCGUCAGAAAGCAAUGCUAAGCUAGAAGAAACAAAAUCUGACGAGUCCAUUUCUUUAAUAUGCAACGGCAAAGUGACAAAAGACAUUCAGCUCAGUUGGAAAUGGUCACUCCGACUGCAGCCAGCAGAAGCAAUGUCAACAAUGAUUUGGUUUCCUCUCACUUAUCACUUUCUUUCUUCUGAAAUUCGUUCACCUGCCGGAUCUUUAUUUUCAAUUGUACAAGACAGAUCCCAACAACUUCAUGAUCACUCAUGGAUUGACAGAGCUGCAGCAGAACGCUCAGCAAAGUCCACUCCAUCUACACCAAAGAAGCGGCCGGCCUUUGUCGACCUUAUAUCUCCUAAACGUUCACGAAUAAAUUAUGACUUUUUUGAAUAA